UAUAAAUAUAUCAUAAUGGGGAAUAUUUGUAAGCCUUAGGUUUAGUUAGUAGAAGAAAAUGAAGUAGAUUUAAAUAAAAAAGCUGAAAUAGAAGAAUAACGAAAAAAAGCAAUUGAUAAAUAAGAAAAUAUGCAUGAUUAAAAAUAAGAAUCAAUAACGGACGAUUAAAAACAUUAAUAAGAUAAUGAGGAUGGAUAAAAGAUGAGAAAUGAGAAUAAUUAAGAAGUACAUUAUAAAGAUAGUUCUUUAGUUAAAAAGAAGAGAAAAUAAAAAGAUGGCAUAAAUUGCAGCAGUUAUUGAUUAGGAAGUAAUAUAUGAAAAUAUCUAAAAACAAGAUAAAGGGAAAAAUCCAUUAGAUUAUUAACUAUUAUUGAAUGCAUUUUCUAAUAGUUUUAUAUUUGCUUAGCUUUAAAAUGAUGACAAGUAUCAAAAAUUGAUUAUUAUUUUGAGCAAAGGUUAUUGAU